AUGACGCCCGAGUUCGGGAUACGAGGUGCCGACGGCUCAAUGCCCAUCACGCUGCCGGACUGGAUCGAGGGGGUCGUCUUCAUCGAGGAAGACGGUGCCAAGCGGAUCCUGAACCGGCAGUCGCGGGAGGUGGGCAAGCUGGCGGACAGUGGAGUUCCCAUCUCUGCCAGAUUUUGCUUCUAUGAUCAGAUCCACACCACAGGCAUGGACAUUCAGCAUCGCUUGGAUGCCGUGGCAGCUCUGACGUUGGGCAAAGACAUGGUUUGGCGCGACUUCGCACAGGGCGCUUACAGGAUGCGUGGCAUCGGCCGCGGGCAGAGCAUUUGUCUCUACAUCAUCCCCGAGAUUGAGCAGCUGAUUUCCCGAGAUAUUGGGUUGGCGCAUCUGCCUCAACUGCCUGGCUUUGCCACGCUGGGCAACCGGCACAAGGGUGUGCUCGAUGCCGUGGCAUGCUGGCUUCUGUGUCAGUCCAUGCGCACGGAGAAGGUGCAGUAUGCCAUGCUGCAGCUUCAGAACUUGGCCAACAUCUGGCGGAGGAGCUCGCUAGCUGCAGUCAUGGAAGACUACGAGGCUAUGGCUGGCAUGAAGCCAGAGACCUUGGCCAGAGUCCAAGUCUACAAGGAGCCCAUUGAUUUCAAGGUACCUUCGAAAGUGCCGCAGCUGGACACCAUUGGGGCUGCCGCCGAGAGGAGGAUUGCUGAUGCGCAGCGCUUCGUACAAGAUGCGGACAGGCCCGAGCUCGAAGAGAUCCGGGGUAACAUGCAGCGCCUGGCAGAGGCCGGAGGGGAGACAGAGGAGACACAAGGAGAGCGUGGGCUGGAGACGGAGCAGCAGAGGGAGCAGGAGCAAGAGCGCCAGCAGGAGGUUGAGGAGGAGGGCCAGCGGGAGCAGGAGAUCCAGAUCGAGAAGUUCGUGGACCUCAUGCAUUGUCGCGAUCAUGAAGAGCCGGUUCCAUGGGAUGUGGACACCUUGGCAGUGCCGGAAGAUACGCCCAUGCCGAAGCAGUUCUACGAGGCCCGGGACUUCCGCCUGUGGAAGCGGCAGCCGCUCAAGUCCCUGUUCUUGUCGGGCGAUAUGAUAGGGAACAUCUCACUAACAGCUGUGGUUGCCAAAAGGCUCUUCGGAUGCAACCCGCCAUCGCCCGAUGUCAACCAGCCCUGCGCACGGAACCACUGA